UUCCAGAAGUAUGAGUCUGAACCGUAUCGAUCUGAGCUCACAACAAAAUAGAAACGUGUUUCCCCAUUCGCUGCGGCUGUUGUUUAUAGGCAAAAAUGAAAUACAAUCAAUUUCAAGAAAGCAUUUCUGUGGAUUAAGAUCCCUGACAGUGUUAUACAUUUACCUGAAUAAGAUAUCGUAUAUAGAAGAUGGAUCUUUCAAUGGAACCAGUCUCACAGAUAUAUAUAUUCACGGAAAUAAUCUCCACAAAAUCACAAGUGAAAUGUUCAAAGUACACACUGAAUCGCUUAAGUAUAUUUUUCUGUUUAAUAAUCCGAUCGAAGACAUAGACCAAGGCGCGUUCUCUCAUCUGGCACCGAAUUCAACAGUGUAUUUGGACUGUGGAAAUCUCAAAUAUAUUCCAUCGAAAAUAGCAGAACACACAAACACAAGUUGUGUCGGAGAUAAAACAGUCCUCACUUUGAGUGCGAAUUAUGAUUCAGUUAAAUAUUUAUAUGGUAUGACGUGCUCAACUAGUGAUAAUAAUACGACAUGUCAACCCUGUAGUCCUGGUUCAUACGGGAGACUUCAAGACUCAGGCUGUUAUAUUUGUCCAGCAGGUGGUUUUUAUCAAGACAAUCAUGGAUAUGUUGACACUGGUAAUUACACAACCGACUGUAACCGGUGUGUAAAUGGAACAUUUUCCUCUGAACCUGGAGCUACCUCAAUAUUUUAUUGCAAGGCAUGUCCAUCGGGAACCAACACAGAGGUAAUGGCAGAACUUGAAGCAUGUGCAUGCUUAGAAAACUUCUAUCGCACUUACCGCUACGGCGCAUGUAAGCCGUGCCCCGAAGGCGUUAACUGCACAGGUGGUUACCAGAAAUUGAAAGAGGGCUACGGAUGGUCGUGGAAUUUUACAAGUUAUCCUGAUAGUUUAGAUGAGUACAGACUAUUUGUCCAUAAUCUUACUACUUCCAAUUUCAAACUUUCUGAACCUAAUACUUUAAAUGACACAGUGUACACAGGAUAUCUACCGGCAGCCCACAAGUGUCCACGAAGCGAGAGUUGCCUUGGUGGAAAUAUUGAAGCAAAGUGCUCGGAAGGUUAUUCUGUUAAUGUUUGGUUAUGUGCUGUGUGCAGUGAUAAUUAUUACGAAUUAUUUGACAAGUGUUACAAAUGUCAGGAUAAACACAUCAUAAUAAUUGUUUUGAUAUUGAUAACUUUGGUGGUCGUAUGUGUUUCGUACUUAGUGUGGAAACUGGAUAAACGAAGACCCCAGGCAAUGCGCAACGAUGCAUUCGUGAUUCAUCUCAAAAUCGCCAUCAAUUUCUAUCAGGUUCUGGGUAUUCUAUCUGAAGUUAAUGAAAUACAUUGGCCAGAUUCGUUUCAAUCUGUUGGAGAGAGUCUCCAGUAUCUUGAUAUAAUACGUUAUUUAAAUCUUCUGAGCCCCAGUUGUAUAUUUCAUGGUGUUUGGAAUGCUUACACAUUUUUGUAUAUCGCCAUUGCAACACCAUUCACUAUUAUUUUGUUAACAUCAAUCGUCUUCUUCAUCCUGCGCAUUUACAGAUGGUACAAAGAGGAUCACUCUGUGCAUCACUUAACGGAUAAAUUCCUGUCGAUUACAAUGAUGAUGCUGUAUUUAACCUAUGCAAACACUUGCUCAAACAUUAUGGCGGUAGGGCCGUGGUCAGUUCGUACAUUUAAUGUCGCAGCUGAUGAUGAUAACGACAAAAAGCGAGUUUUAACUUCCGACUACUCUAUCGAUAUCGAUGAAUCUAAUGGUUCAAAAUACGAGAGUAACAAGAACAUCGUGUAUGGUUCGUUGGUGUAUGUGAUUGGUUUUCCACUUGCUAUCAUACUGGUAUUGUACCGUAGAUACAAACGCCAUGGGGAACGAUCUGGUACAAUGGGAAUGAGGUUUUUCUGCAAGCAAUACAGUUCCAGGUUUUGGUACUGGGAGGUAAUUGAUAUGUACAACAAAGCUAUACUCGCCCUUAUUGCUAACUUCAAGGAUGACGAACCCUCCAACAUGUCAUAUUCGCUCUUCAUCACGGUCAUCCUCAUAGCAUUACAUCUGUAUCUUGAACCAUUUAAGGAGAAGUCAGAUCAGAGGUUCCAGUUGUUGACACUUGUCUUCGUUAUCGUCAACUUGUCGGUUGGCGCAAUUGUUGACAUGACAGAGUCCGGGGGAGUUUUGAUGUACAUCACAGACGACACAAUAUCUGUUCUUCGUGACGUCACACCCUUUAUUCUUUUGCUACUCAAUCUCUCAAUUAUGUUGGUAGUAUUUGUUGAUCUACUUAAAAAAGUCAAGGAGGGCUUCUCUGAAAGGUCGACUGGCUUACUCAAACUCAGAAAUGUUGGCGAUGAAGUAGAAAACAACGGGGAUGAUCAAAACGAAAUUUCCUCAAUACUUCAAGAUUUCGACAGCUUAUCAACAUACAAUCCUACGAAUAAUAGCUAAUAGUUGUGAAUGGAAUACUAACGCUAUAAUCGUUUGCCGUUCAAUUUAUUAUAUGAAUAAGCUUUACAAUUACAUCUAUACUCAAUGGUCUUUAUGUGAUAAUAAUGUAAUAUAAAUGACUGACCUACAGUACAACAUUUCGUUUUCCUUUCGUAUAUAUUUGAGAUACAUUUAUGUAUACAGUCUCCUAUUAUUUUAAUAACAAUAUUUUCCCCGAUUUAAAGACACAUAUAGGUACUACAGGCCAUUGCAUUUUUUUACUACAAAAUAAUGUUAACAUCUCUCUUUUUGACUCAGAACCGACAUUCUACGUUUCUACUUCUGCAAAGAAGCGGCUCGUCAAGAUUCUCGUUCACACUCAAGCAUAUCAAUUUAAAGAAAACGUUCCAUCAGUUAUGAGAAAACAAUUAUUAUUAUUAUUAUUAUUAUUAUUAUUAUUGGAUUUUGUAAUUUGUGUAUAUUUCCAUAUUAUGUUCAGGAAAAGGAACUAUUUCGUUAAUACGCUACGCCACAUACGAUAUUAAACCUCUUUUUUAUUCUGAAAAUAAUUAUACCAUAAUCUGAUUUUUAUUUAUUUAUUUAUUUAUUUAAACCCAUGUUUAAGAAGUGUAACUUAUCCGGCAAAGCUGAUCAUUUAGGUCUCUCACAUAUAUUAUUAAAAAAUACAAUACAGCUAUGAAACAAGUAAAACGCAUAAAAAAAGAUAAGAAACAUAAAAAUAAAACCAUUUACAUGGAGUAAGAGAAAUGCUUUAUCGUAAAUUUAAAACAGUUGAAAGAGCCAAUAGAAUGAAUAAAAUUAUAAAUACAAUAUAAAUAUAGAUAGAUCUCUAUAAUGGAAGAGGCUCGGUAGGCGAUGCAGCCAAGUUGGAGUGAUAUUCUUUGAGCAUUAAAGAUAUUGAGAGUGUUAUGAAAGGAGUUACAUGCAGUGUGAGAGAGAAGAUUCAGAAUGAUACGAAUGCCUCUGUUUUGAAGUUUCCUGGUUUUUAAUAUAUGUGCUGGUCUGGCACCCCACAAAGAGUUAUAUUAAUUAAUGUCUUUGAGGGGCACUACAGUUUUAAACAGAAGAAUAGAGGAAAGUUGACUUUCGGCAAGAAGAAAA